AUGUCCCGCUUCGCUGGCGUCACCAACUUCCAGGUGGCGUCGCCGCUUUUCGCUCGGUUCAAGUACGAGUACGCCCCCCGGUUCAAGCGGGUGCGGAAGGCGAUGAAAGGCCGGGUCCCCGUGCGUACCGGGGGCUCGUUGAGAGGCAACCUGUUGGUCUACGGCCAGUACGGGUUGCGUCUCAAGACUAAUGGGAUGAGAAUGUCGGCCAACCAGCUUCUUGCCGCCGACAAAGUGCUCAAACGUGAGAUCAAAGGUUCGGGGGCUAAGCUCAUGACCCGGUUUGUGUGUAACACCGCCGUGUGUGUCAAGGGUAACCAGACGAGAAUGGGUAAAGGUAAAGGUGCGUUUGACCACUGGGCCGCCCGUAUCACCACGGGGAAGGUGCUUUUUGAACUUAGAGGCAACAUCCACGACCAGAUGGCGCGCGAAGCGCUCCGUAAAGCCGCGGAUAAGCUUCCCGGUCUCUACGAAAUCAUCACUCCCGAGUCGCCGAUUCGGGCGUCGAUCACCACCUGUGUUGACGCUCCCCCGAAGGUGAACUAUCGCGCCGAGCUUAAUAAGGCGCCCACCAAGAAGUGGGCCAACAUCCAGGAGGGGAAGAAGGACAUCUACCGCAUGUUCAGAGGUCGCUAA